AUGGUUAAAGAAUAUGUUCUUUUUGGCUUAGGAAAUCCAUUAUUAGAUAUCCAAGUUAAAGAUUGCGGUUUUCUUAAAAAAUAUGGAUUAAAACCCAAUGAUUCUAUUCUUUCUGAAGAGAAACAUAUGCCAAUUUAUCAAGAAAUAGCAGAACUUUCUGAUGCUCAAUACAUUGCAGGAGGGUCAGCUCAAAACACACUUCGUGGAGCUCAAUAUAUUCUUCCUGAAAAUUCUACUGUCUAUGUUGGAUGUGUUGGAAAAGAUCAAUUUGCAGAUCAUUUAAAAUCUGUUACGAAACAAGAAGGAUUAAGGACGGAAUAUUUAAUAGACGCUACUACACCUACAGGAGUAUGUGCUGUUAUAUUGAGUGGGAAGGAUAGAUCAUUGGCAACACGGCUUGCUGCUGCUAGUAAUUAUAAUAUUGCUCAUUUAAAAUCUCCUAAAAUAUGGGCUCUUGUCGAGAAUGCAGAUUAUUAUUAUGUUGAAGCUUACCAUUUAUCAUCUUGUAUUUUAUCUGUAAUUUCUUUAUCAGAGGAGGCUGCUAUAAAAAAUAAGGUUUUCAUUAUGAAUUUAUCUGCCGAAUAUUUAUGUCAUGUAUAUAAAGAUGUAAUGGACACUUUGUCUCAAUAUUGGGAUUGUUUAAUUGGUAAUGAAGCAGAAGCAAUUGCUUUUGCUGAAGCACGUGGUUUAAAGACAAAGGAUGUUAUAGAUAUUGCUUUGUAUAUUGCUCGGUUACCUAAAAAAAAUACAUGUCGACCUAGAAUUGUAGUUAUUACUCAAGGAUCUGGCGAUAUCGUUUUUAUUGAAUCUUAUAAUAAAAAAAUAGUAAUAAAUCAGGCUGCUGUUCCAAAAAUUUCAGAUGAUCAAAUUGUAGAUACUAAUGCUACUGGUGAUGCAUUUGCCGGCGGUUUCGUCGCUGGUUUAGUUUUAGGCUAUUCCGUUGAAAAAUCUGUUCGAUGUGGUAUAUGGCUAGCACAACUCUGUAUUAGACAAAGCGGUUCUACAUAUCCUUUUCCAAAACAAAUAUUUCAUGAUCAAUAUGAUUGAUUUCUGGAUUUCGUAUAAAAAUAAUAAAACUUUAACA